AUGAGCCCCAACCAAGACCAGAGAAUUUUAAAUGUGCUGCUGCUAGCGAUAAUUUGCGGAACGGCAAUAGUAGCUGCCCAUACGAACAGCAUCAAGCCUAGCUUUAUUACAGAUGGUAGUCAGGGUAACGUAAGUGGAGUGCCGAUUCCGAGCCGAGCUAAUCCACCAGCCAAACUUAUUCGAGCAAAACGUGUGGCUAUUUUCAAUGGCCAGGGCGUUGUCAAGUUCGUCAGCGGCGUAGCACAUCCUGUCAAACAAGUUGAUAAGGAUCAAUCCUUUUGGUUCUUUUAUAACUUUCAAAACCAAUAUAUACCCACAACCAUACCAAUAUAUUGGUGGAGUUUUUGGAAUACAACUGCAUUUGUUUCCACAGCGCGACAGUUACGCAAAGGCAUGCAGGCGACACUGCACCGGGACGAUACGCGCAGUUGGGUCUACGAUACCAUCGAGGCGGGCAUGGAACUGCUGGAUGGUAGUGAACGAGGCGCCAGCUGUCUGCUACGCAGCAUAUGUGAAAUCUCUCAAUUGCCUUUCGAGGAUAGUAAUAUUUUUAGCGAAAUUCUCAAUGCAGUGCUGAUACCCACCGUGGAUAACGUCGCCGAAAAGUAUUUGAACGCUAGAGAUGCGGGUCGUGGCGGAGCAGAUUGCUUAAAAACCUACAGCGAUUGCAAUCAAAGAGUUUGGAACUGGUUAACGCAUAUUACGAAGCUGAGUUUUUGA